AAAGUAAUGCGUUACGUUGUGCCCCUUUAAGUCAUUGCAAUUGUAGUGUUUUUACAGAGUGGAUCAUCUGUAGUUUUCAAUUUAGAGUGACACGUUUAGGUAGACUGUUUUUCCCUCAAGUUGAACUCACAUUUUAAACUUGUGUCUUGCUUUGAUGAUGAUGAUUACACCUAGCAUCACAAGUCUUCUCCUCCCCGGAGGACGCAGAUCUGGAUUCAUUAUACUGUAGCUCAUUAGGCCACUCAGGAAAUUCAUAUUUACAGCUACACAAAAACUCAAAAAGCCCAAAUCAAAACAAGAGUUUUGGAAUAACAUCAACACAUUCAGUAAUAUGCUGCAAAUUAUCUAAAGUAGAAGAAAGAAUUUGUUACUGCUUGUCAUGGCUCAAAACUCAAAAUACAGAGUUGUUUACUUGUAUCUACUUGUGUCAAGAUUUCUCUGUGAUAUGGGUAUUUUUAAGCACUUGUUUCUCAAGUAACUGGAUGUAAAUAUAAACCUUCAGUGCCCAAAGGCGUUUUGGAAAAAUUCCUCCAGUAAAAUCACUUUGAAAAUCGAAAUGCAAAUCUUGUUCAAAUCAAAUAGUUUUCAUGAUCUGCACCUCUGUAGAGGGAAACAGAAACCUGUAGAAUAAUGGCAGCAGCAUUUGCUUACUGUUGCACUGUGGUUUCUGUCAGCAUGCAGAAAAAGUGCCUAAUUGUUUGCCUAGACACUGACAUAUGUAUUUCUCUGAAAUUCAGGUUUCUUUUGAAGAAUGACCUAUUAAUGAACCAUCACGUGUAACCAUAGAGUGCAACAAAACAAGCUGACACAUUUUCAAGCGCAGAAAGCUUCAGACUUAAGAGUGCCUAAGAAAUUAUUUCACCACUUAAGCUUGGAGUGGGCAGCAACAGCAGCAUGGCAAAAUUGCAUCACCUGUGUUUGCUUCUUUUGUUGGCAGGCCAAGUACCAGCCCUGACAGCAACCCCAGAGGGACUGAGGGUUAGACAGUACCCUCCCUCUGUCAGUGUGAUGCGGGGUGAAACGGCAACCCUAUCCUGUCAUUUCAAAGUUGAAUCCCUCAAGUAUGGGGUUCAGUGGUUCAAAAUGAAGUCGGAAAAGCAGCUCAUCCCAAAGUCAUCCAGGCAGUUCGUCGUGGAGAAGAAUCAGACUUCUUCCCUGGUGAUCACUGAGGUAGCGCCGGAGGAUUCUGGAUGGUAUUACUGUGAGGUGAACGUCCUGCAGAAAGACCCAGAGUGGGGCAACGGGACCGAGCUGUUCAUCUUGGCACCACCUUCUGCUCCCAAGAUUUACCUCCAGAUUCCCCCGGACCCACAGACUAGUCAGUGGGCUCUCUUCUGUCUCACCGGGGGAUUCCACCCCAGCGAGCUCACCCUCACCUGGACCUACCAGAGCGCAGCAGCCAAUAUCGAUCACCUGUCAGUCACCAAUUGCACCCUCCCUGCGAUCAACCCUCAUGGUAACCUUUCAGAACACCCGGCUGACGGAGCCCAGCUGUCCACAGAUUGGUUGGUGAACUCCAUGCCUGCGAGCCACCCAAAGUGUUUCCAGGUGAUGGACAACAACAGCCAGGAAGUGUUUCUCUUCAGUGUGUUUUUCCUCCCACAGAAGGAGUCCUUGGAAACAGGGAUCACCUUCACUUGUGGGGUGCAGGACCACCCUGCCAUGAUCACCGCUCUGACUGCCUCCUUCACUUGGGAUGCCUACCCCAACGAGCUGAUUGCACACUUGAACAUUGUCAAGAUGUGUUUCCUCUCUGCAAUGACCGUGGUCUUUUUAUUGGAAGCAGUUAAACAUUUCUGCGUGCAGGGAGAAUGAAGUCUGCCAUGAAAUACAAAAUGAAAUGGGGAAAAAAAGGACUGCCGGGUGUUCAGUGCGGCUCAUCUCAGCAGACCAACCAUUGACAAACAACAUCACACAAAUCAAGUCCAGAGUCCAAAACGAGAAUUAUAUUAAUAAUAUAAUAUGAUAUAAUAUAAUAUAAUCCCCUCUCCCUUCUUAUAUUUGAAAGUUUCCCCUAUUUUCAAACCUCUUGCUGUACAUUUUGCUUGGCUAUCACAUACUGUGUAUCCUCUAAACAUUGAUGCAAUGCUGAUUUCUCUCUGUACAUCAAAGCUGUUUAUCUCUGUAACUCUUUAUCGCCACAGCGUGCUGACUAGACUGUUUUUGGAUCUGCUCAUUGUGCCAGUGGCUGGUAGUUUGCACAUCUUAGUCAUUCACUCAGGUCUGUGUGUCAGAAUGAAUGCUUCAUGCAUGAUCCACCUGUCAAACAGAUGCAGUGAUCAGCUCAACCUCCGCACAGGCCUAAUCCUCACAAAACAGGAUUACAGUCGAUGCCAGCGCUUGCUUGUGUGAUAGCAUUGUUUACGUGUGCAGUGUGUGGG